CUCUUUUGAUUGGCUUACAGUCACAGCCCCCCUUUUAAUCAGAUUUUUUUUCUCGUUCUUAUUGUUUGCAACACGCCCCCCAGCAAAUAUAAAAGAAAACUUUUUUUGGCAAUGAUACUGGUUCCUUUUCUUUUCUAUAUUCUUUUCUUUAUUUCACUCCAUUCAACGGACGUAUUUAUUAUCAUACAGUAAAAAAUGUUGCGUACCAACUUCUCUAGUGCUAUCCUUCGUUCUACUCGACUUGUCCAACGACCUAUGACUCUUUCAGGCACUCGAUUUUAUCAUGAAAAGGUUAUAGAUCAUUAUGAGCGACCUCGUAAUGUAGGCUCUUUCCCCAAAACAGAGACCAAUAUUGGUACUGGCCUCGUUGGUGCACCUGCUUGUGGUGAUGUAUUGAAAUUACAGAUCAAGGUCGAUGAUGCCACUGGAAAAAUUGUCGAUGUCAAAUUCAAAACUUUUGGUUGUGGUUCAGCUAUUGCUUCUAGUAGCUUUAUGACAGAACGUGUGCGUGGUUUGACAUUAGAACAAGCAGGACAAAUCAAAAACACAGAAAUUGCAAAGGAAUUAUGUUUACCUCCUGUUAAACUGCACUGUUCAAUGUUGGCUGAAGAUGCCAUCAAGUCAGCUAUCGCAGAUUAUAAGAGAAAGCGUGCUGCAAAAACAGCAACAGCAACAGCAGCAGCAGCAUCAUCAUAAUUUUUAGUCCAUUUUUUAAGUGGAGGUUGCUCCGGUUAUGAUUGGA